UUUGUAACACUAUCACACACACAACACUAAAUGUAGCAAAUUCGUAGCAUUUUCCUCACCUUUAGACUAAAAGUUUUUUUAAUUUGUUUUGUUUCCCGAUUUACCUUCUUUCUUCUCUCUCUCGCGUUUCUGUCUCUCGUCUCUCUCUCGGUAGAUCGAUGAUUUUAAUGGAAAAAGCUUGAGAGUUCUUGGUAGAAUUGAGAGGUAAAGCAAAGCGUCUUUCACCGGAGAUAUCAUCAUCACCAUCGACGGUGGCAGCUCAUCAAUUGGAGAGGGUUUUUGCUUCACCAAAUCGGAGAUUGAAUUGGCCAAUUCUCGAAUUGUUUGGUUCAAUGAUGCGAUGAAUUAGAUUUGUAUUAGCAAAAUUAGGGUUAUAUGUUGAUAGUUGUUUGAGAAUUUGUAGUUUGAUGAGUUAGUUUUUGUCGAAUUGGAUUCGGCACUUUCCCUGUUUGUUUAAAUUGGAUGCAUUCACUGUAUGCUGAAUCUCGAGAUGGCUUUCUUUUGUUUUAAUGAUGAUUGGGGUGAUCGAAACGUGAAAUCUUAUAUAUUCCUAUGUUGUCGUAUCUUGAAUUGAAAUUUAUUAUACUGACUUUAGAACCUUUUCUUAAUGGAACAAGUGAAUGAGGGUAAGAAGAAGAAACCUGUUCGUCGUGGUGGUGAUAAGCGAAAGAGGACCACUGAGAAGAAACCUGCUCCAAGAGCUAAGAAAGCUCGAGCAACAACCAAACCACAGGAAGAGCCUGAGUACUUUGAGGACAUACGUAAUCUGAUUUGUGUGAAGGCUGCAUUUCCAGUGGGAAUUGAGUUUAGAUGCAGUUUAUGAUUAAUUCAAUUGGGAUUUUGAAAGUCUUGAAGAAACGUUAGAGGAAGGAGGAAUUCUCUAUGGCAAGAAAGUCUUUGUUUUUGGCUUUGCAGAACAUUAGUUAGUGAUUGGAGUAACUUCAUUGGGGAUUAGGAGCACAAUGAGCAGCUGAAAAGACUGGAUUCACUACAAGUAAGAAAGACUUGACUUAGCAUUUGAAGAACACAAAGAGGUUCCUCUGCCACAGGGGUGACUCGGCUUCAGGAGGAUGAGCUGUUCUAUAAGGUGGUACCAUCUCAGAAUGGGAGGAUCUUCAGACUCGGGGGCAGAAACUACAUCCGCUAGCGUGGAGAAAGCUCAGCUGGUGCAGUGGAAAAGAUCUUUCUUGAACAUCAGCUCACAUCUCUUCAAGAGCAGCUGGCUAAUGUUGUGGAAUUUAUGAAGCAAUAUAUGCCUGAAGGUGGCUCACACUCUUUCCCAUCGGCUCAACCAACUAUUGGUACGGGUGCAUCAGUGACCAGCCCAACUCAAGCCAACAACAGGGACAACCGAGAUGCCAAUCCUGAAGAUGCUGACAUCCAUCUCAGUCAUCCCACUAAUGUGCCUGAUGAGACUCAUGAGCCAGAAGACGAUGACGGUGAUGCAUUUCAAGGUAGUGCCAUCCUCUGAUGAACACUCAAUAGCAGCUUUCUUUAACCCCUGCUCGUUUGUUAUAAUACUCUGAGCAGAGUCUUUUGGUUUAUAUCUCUGCUCUGUACUGUGGUCUAAAACUCUGUUUUCUAUUACCGUUUACAAAGUAGCAAUCGAAACUAAUUGUUACAAUAACGAGUAGCUAACUCUUUCUGAAUAUCCGAAGCUAGCUGUGAAAAAUAUGCGACAAACUUCUUGUCCCAAUUAGUAACAAGUUAAUGACAACCACCCUUGAAGAUUUUUGUGAGUAUGUAGCCACAACAAUUUUUGUCACGUUUCGUAACCAUUUGCUACUAAUAUGUUUGAUGAUAAUUGUCUUAAACUGGCGUAGAUAAUUGUAUCAAUUAGUAGCAAAUGGUGACAAGUUCGAUAAUUGAUUCAAUUAGUAGCAAAUGGUGACAAGUUUGGCUAUAUCUAAUCUGUAAUAAAUAGCGACGAAUUGCGAUGAAGGGGUCAGCUUGUGACGAGUAAAUAAUUACUAAUUAUUUUUGUAACAAAUCUGUGACAAUUUCUUUUUGGCUACAGAAAACAAGUUAUUUCUACACAUUUUUUUGUAACUAUACAACUUAUUUUUACUAGUGGAUACCCUAAAUUUUUUUUUUUUUGCAGCCGCUUUCUUUCUCUCUUCUUUCUCUCUGUUUUUUUUUUUUUUUUUAAACCAUCUCUUCUCUUCAUGGCUGCUGAAACAGUCAACGUCUCUCAAUCUGUUCUUCACGUUAACAUGAGCAACAUCACAAAGCUCACUUCUACCAAUUACCUGACAUGGAAAGUUCAGGUCCACUCGUUGCUUGACGGGUAUGAUCUUGCCGGUUUUCUCGAUGGUUCCACUCCGGCACCUCCUCAAACCACCACAACUGCGAAUCAAGUUACACCGAAUCCAUCCUACGCAACAUGGCGCCGUCAGGACAAACUCAUUUACAGUGGUUUACUAGGUACUCUCUGUUCCUCUAUUCAGCCGUUGGUGUCUUCCGCCACUUCUUCCAACGCCAUGUGGAAGACGAUUGCUGCUACCUAUGCUAGUCCAAGCUGGGGGCAUAUUCAACAACUUCGGAUCCAACUAAAGCAAGCCACCAAGGGUGACAAAACCAUUGACGACUACAUUCAAGGCUUCCUCGUUCGCUUUGACAAACUCGCUCUUCUCGGCAAACCUGUCGAUCAUCAGGAAAAACUCGAAUACAUUCUUGAAGGCUUACCCGAAGAUUAUAAGACUGUGGUGGAUCAAACUGAAGGACGUGAAACUCCUCCUUCUUUCCUUGAGAUUGUGGAGAAACUUCUCAACAAGGAAGCCAAGCUGUUAGCUGCCUCCUACUCUGCUUCUCGACCUGUCCCAAUUUCUGCUAAUGUUGCUUCCUCUGGUCCCCGAUCCUAUCAAGGCAAGCACCAGUCUCGUCAGCAACAACACUGGAACAACAACAACAAUCAAUACUUCUCUCGACAGGACCAUCGUGGCACCAAAGGAUAUCAAGGUAAGUGCCAGCUGUGUGGAAUUUUUGGACACAGCGCCAAACGCUGUCCACAGCUUCAUGCAAACCAGUCUGGAUCCUCCAAUGGUUUGCUCCCUUCUCCAUUUCGUCCGUGGCAGCCUCGUGCAAAUCUCGCUCUUGCUCCUUCUCAACCGUCCGACCCUUGGAUCAUGGACAGUGGUGCCACCCACCAUAUGACAAGUGAUCUCCACAACUUAUCUCUCCAUCAUUCGUAUCAAGGUGGUGAUAAUGUCACUGUUGGUGAUGGCUCAGCCCUCUCCAUCACACACACUGGUUCACUCUCUCUACCUUCAUCCUCCCAACCCUUAACUCUAUUUCACUCUCUCUACCUUCAUCCUCCCGACCCUUAACUCUAAAUAAUGUUCUCUGUGUUCCUCAAAUUCAUAAAAAUCUCAUUUCUGUCUAUCGCCUGUGUAAUGCUAAUAAUGUUACGGUUGAAUUUGCCCCUGCUCAUUUUCAGGUGAAGGAUCUGAGGUCGGGGUCCCGUUGCUGCAAGGCAAGGCUAGAGCUGAGCUUUACGAGUGGCCUACUUCUCCAUCACCCAUAGCCUCAUUUUUUGCUUCGUCCUCCACCAAACCGUCCAUGGCUGAUUGGCACUCUCGUUUAGGCCAUCCGUCUUCUUCAAUUCUUCAAUCUCUUAUUUCAGCUUUUUCUCUUCCUUGUUCUAAAUCUCCCUCUCUUAAUAAUUUUUGCAAUGACUGUGCUAUCAAUAAAAGCCGUAAGCUUCCUUUUUCUCAAACAUCAAUCACUUCUACUCGUCCCCUUGAAUUUAUCUUUACGGAUGUCUGGACUUCUCCUGUCCUCUCUAUUGACAACUAUAAAUAUUAUCUCGUUCUUAUAGAUCACUACACACGUUAUACCUGGCUAUAUCCACUUAAAACCAAAUCGCAAGUUCGUGAAACCUUCAUCCCGUUCAAAUCCCUCGUAGAAAAUCGAUUCAACACACGAAUUGGUACCUUGUAUCCUGAUAACGGAGGCGAGUUCAUUGCGCUCCGGCCGUUUCUCUCCUCCGCUGGCAUCUCCCACUUCACGUCUCCACCGCAUACUCCAGAACACAACGGCAUCUCUGAACGGAAGCACCGACAUAUUGUGGAAACUGGACGUACGCCUUUGCCACAGCGGUUUACCUCAUCAACCGCCUUCCCACACCAGUUCUUGACAUGUGGUCUCCAUCUCACAUUCUCUUUGGUGCUCCUCCCAAUUACUCAAAGCUUCGUAUCUUCGGGUGUCUCUGUUUUCCAUGGCUUAGACCCUAUGCGAGUCACAAGUUGGAUAACCGAUCCACUCCAUGUGUGUUUUUGGGUUACUCAUUAACUCAAAGCGCUUACCUCUGCCUCCAACCAAGCUCGGGUCGAAUAUAUGCAUCACGCCAUGUCAUCUUUGAUGAGAAGAGUUUCCCUUAUUCAAGUCUCACCACCCCGCAACCAGCAGUCCCGAUUCCUUCUCCAAAUGUAUCCAAUCCACCAGCAGUCUCCGUUAUUCCUUCCUCUCCGCCACUCGUAACGCCACAGCUACUACCACCGGGACCACCGAGCUCCGACCUUUGCCCAGGUAUGAUCUCGGAAAACUCAAUCGACUCCUCGCCUCGAACAGCUUCCAAUUCCCCUGAAGCUGCUUCGAGCGCUGGCACCACACGCGAUAGCGAAACCCAAAACACAUCUCCCAUUCGACCCAUUCAUAAUCCACUAUCUUCUAGUCAGGCCCAAACAGGCACAAGCCCACACUCAACCUCUUCUUCCCAGGCCCAACAAACAUCACCAUCCACGUCACCUCAUUCUUCUCACCAUACUGAAUCCCCGCAACCGUCUCCCUCCCUGUCACCGGAACCUGCUCCACAGCCACCUCCUCAAAAUCGCCACACUAUGACGACCCGUGCCAAAAAUAACAUCACCAAGCCCAAAUCUAAGCUCAAUCUUUCCGCUGCCCUCACAACCAUUGACCGUGAACCAGGCCCUAAAAGACAAACGAUGGAGAGGGUCUAUGUCUGAAGAAAUUGAUGCGUUUGCUCGCAAUCAAACCCUUGAUUUGGUUCCUCGCCCUUCAAAUAAGAACAUUGUCGGAUGUAAGUGGGUCUAUAAAAAUAAAUUUCUCCCUAAUGGUUCUCUUGGCAGGUGUAAGUCUCGUCUCGUCGCCAAAGGCUACAACCAACAGUUUGGCCGUGACUACACCGAAACUUUCAGCCCCGUGAUCAAAUCUACAACACUUCGCUUGGUCCUUGAUGUUGCUGUUCAACGUUCGUGGCCAAUCCAACAACUCGAUGUGAAUAAUGCGUUUCUUCAGGGGACAUUAAACGAAGAGGUGUACAUGGAGCAACCUCCGGGGUUUGUUGAUCCAGACAAACCAAAUUACGUAUGUCGGUUGAAUAAGGCGAUAUAUGGCCUCAAACAAGCUCCACGAGCCUGGUACACUGAAUUGAAGACUGACCUUUUCUCUCACUUGGAUUCAAAAACUCAUUGGCCGAUACAUCAUUGUUUGUUCUUCAUCAUGGUAUGGAUUGGGUCUAUCUAUUGGUAUAUGUCGAUGAUAUCUUGAUAACAGGCAAUCAACGCUCCACAAUUCAACA